GCUUUCACCUGUUUCCCGGCAUCAUCCUCCAAUUGCAAUUCACAAUUCUGUUAACACAUGUCGCUGCUUUUUCACGUCACUCCUUCAAACCAAAACCCCCCUUCUUUCUCUUCUCACCACUGCAAAUUAGUUUUUUCUUCUUUUUUUCCCACAAAUAAAUAAACGACAAAUUUUAGAUUUGAUGCGAAGAACCUUCUAAGUCCUUUUAUUCUUUCCAAUCUCCAAUUUUGGAUCCAUCUUCACAUUCUUCGGAUCAUAGAUUCCAAUACCAUAUAUAAGAAACAUUGAAAGGAAAAAAAAGUAGAAAGAUUUAUCUGUGGGCAAUUGUGCUAGAUUAGAUUAGGUUUUAUGUGCAGACUUGUGUGAACCCUGAUGAUUAAGAAUGCAAUCCAAUUCCAAGAGUUUGAGCUUAGCUCCAGCUCUGAAUCUGUUUCCAGGGUUGAAACCCCCUCACAAAACCCUACUUUUCCACCAAAUAUGUGUUCUUGUUAUCACAUUUCUUGCAUAUGCUUCUUUUCAUGCCUCUAGGAAGCCUCCUAGUAUUGUCAAGAGUGUUUUGGGACCCACACUUCCAACCAAUUUAACUCAACUUCAGCUGAAUUCCACUGUUGAUUUAGGUUGGCCCCCUUUUAAUGGAACUCAGGGAACUCACCGGCUUGGCGAGGUUGAUCUCGCAUUCCUCACUUCCUAUUCCAUUGGCAUGUAUUUGGCUGGUCAUGUUGGUGAUAGGAUUGAUUUGAGGUUGUUCCUUGUGUUUGGGAUGAUGGGUAGUGGACUUUUUACUAUACUUUUUGGGUUAGGAUAUUGGUUGGAUGUUCAUGUUUUGGGGUAUUUCGUCUGUGUUCAGAUUGUUUGCGGAGUGUUUCAGUCAAUUGGGUGGCCUUGUGUGGUUGCAGUUGUGGGGAAUUGGCUUGGGGAAUCAAAGAGGGGAUUGAUAAUGGGGAUAUGGAAUUCUCAUACCUCGGUUGGGAAUAUCAUUGGUUCGGUUAUUGCUUCCGGAGUUUUGGAAUUUGGAUGGGGUUGGUCAUUUGUGGUCCCUGGACUUGUGAUCAUUUUGGUUGGUGUUUUGGUGUUUUUGUUUCUUGUUGUGAAUCCGGAGGAUAUGGGGUUUAUGCAUCCUGGAAUGGACGUUGAAAUGAGUGUUGAAACAGACAGUGCAGAGGAUCUGGGGAAAGUGGAAUCAAAGGAGGAGGAGGAGGAAACAAAGCUUAUUGAUCCUCCUGACAAUUCAAUUUCGGAUUCUUCUUCAUCUGCUAUUGGAUUUUUAGAGGCAUGGAAGAUACCUGGAGUCGCUCCAUUUGCUUUUUGUCUCUUUUUCUCAAAGCUUGUUGCUUACACUUUCCUGUAUUGGUUACCCUUCUACAUAAGGCACACAGCGGUUGCUGGUGUGAUUCUAUCUCACAAAACUGCUGGGUUACUUUCAACAAUAUUUGACAUAGGAGGAGUCCUUGGUGGAAUCACAGCUGGUUUUAUUUCGGAUAUGAUUGAAGCUCGUGCCGUUACUUCAAUUCUGUUCUUAUUUCUAUCAAUUCCAGCUCUUCUUUUGUAUCGUGUUUUUGGGAGCAUCUCUAUGUUUACCAACAUCACUUUGAUGUUUCUUUCUGGAUUUUUGGUGAAUGGUCCAUACUCGCUAAUCACAACUGCUGUGUCUGCCGAUCUCGGUUCGCAAAGCCUUAAUGGUGGGAAUUCUAGGGCAUUGGCUACUGUUACUGCAAUCAUUGAUGGUACUGGUUCUGUUGGAGCUGCUCUUGGACCACUUUUAGCAGGUUAUAUUUCAACUAGGGGAUGGAACAGUGUAUUCUUUAUGCUUGUUUUGUCAAUUUUCUUUGCUGGUUUAUUCUUGAUUCGACUUGCAAGAACCGAGAUAAGAGAUAAGUUUUCAGGAAAGUGAUUUUAAAUGUUUCAGAAACAAUUUUGAUUAUAGUCUAGGUCCUUCAUUGAUGUUACACGCACAUAUUUUGCACAGUAAAUAGCUAUUGAUGAAGAAAUUUUAAGAAUGCUUCAUUAAUGUUUGUAACUUUGUAUGUUUGUCAUUCUUCAUUCACUGAUUGUAAAAGCAAGAGUAUACAAAUGCGAAAAGGUAAUGGUGAGAUAAUUCAAUGCCAUGCUGUUCAUGCAGUCUUUUUGUUGCUGUCUUU